UUAACUCAGAUGAACUCUCCUUCACUUGCAUCAGUUGGGAUUUUUAUGUACAUUCCCAGCACUUGUGUCCCUUUGGGAAAAUGGUCACACUGAGUCCCUAAUGGCAGACUUUCCCUUGCUCAGAGAACAUGGGGCACUCAGGGCCUUGGGAACAGCAGCCACCCCAGUGACUAAGAAGGAAGGCAAAUGAAGAAGCAGCCUGAACUGCCAUUGCUGUCUGUGGCAGCAUCCCAACCAGUGUCAGCCGGAUGCUGAGCAGGCAGUGCACGAUUGGACCCAGCCCUGCAGGGACCAUCUCGUGAGCAGUGUGGGAGCAGGCAGCCUGCAGACUCCAGACACCUCCACCAUGACCACAGCAGGGCUUUUGGUGCUCCUCUCCUCGGUGCUUUGCUGCAUCCCAGAUACUGCCUUUGGGAUCGAGGUGGACUGCAGUACAUAUCCCAACACCACAAAUGAGGAGGGCAAAGAGGUGCUGGUCUGCAGCGAGGCCGUCAGCCCCAUCUGCGGUUCUGAUGGAGUCACCUACAGCAACGAGUGCCUGCUCUGUGCCUACAACGUAGAAUAUGGAACCAAUGUCAGCAAAGACCACGAUGGAGAAUGCAAGGAAGCUGCCCCUGUGGACUGCAGCAGGUACCCCAACACGACCAGUGAGGAGGGCAAAGUGGUGCUGCUCUGCAACAAAGACCUCAGCCCUGUCUGUGGGACCGACUGGGUCACCUACGACAACGAGUGCCGUCUCUGUGCCCGGAACAUAGAGGCUGGAAGCAGUGUUGGCAAGAAGAGUGAUGGUGAAUGUAAGAAGGAAAUUGUUACAGUUGACUGCAGUGACUACCCCAGACCUGUCUGCACACUUGACUACAUGCCUCUCUGUGGCUCUGACAACAAAACAUACAGCAAUAAGUGUAACUUCUGCAACGCAGUCGUGGACAGCAAUGGGACUAUCACUUUAAGCCAUUUUGGAAGAUGCUGAGUAUCAGUGCCGAGAGGAUUCACCACAGUAUCCCCACUGGCAAAUCCCAGCUAAAGAUCUCACCUCAGUUCAUCUCACCCUCUGGGGAACUCAGCUCACUCCUGAUUUUCUUUCUCAAUAAACUAAAUCAGCAACA